UUUCCAAAGCUUGGUCCGUCAUCGGCUUUAUGUUGCCUGUCAUGCUCGUUCCCUCGCAAACCUGCACAUCCUUAUCUCCCUGUGAGCAUUCACGCCACGCUGCGCUCUGCGGAGAGUACUUGACAUCGACACGAGACGAGACUGCGACUGGAAUCUUGACCGCAGCCAGCCCGCCAACCUGACCCUCAUGUCUCGCACGCAUGCAAUCUCCCUCCCAUAAACAUGCAGCGCAGAAUCUACAGACCGACAAAUCAUCGGAGAUGACACCAUCUCCGCGCGCCGAGUCGACAAGCAGCGGCCCCGCCAUUUGCGAGACCGACAGCACCCCCUUCCCCUCCCUCGAAUCCUCCGAACCGCGGCAGCGACAACGCAAAAUCUCCAAGCAGAGCUGGGAGUACGUCGUACGCAGUGGAGUGGCUGGUGGGAUAGCGGCGUGCGCGGCCAAGACGGUAGUCGCUCCGCUCGACCGCGUCAAGAUCCUGUUCCAAGCGAGCAAUCCGCAGUUCCAGAAGUACACAGGCUCCUGGACGGGUGCUCUCGCGGCGAUCAGAGACAUCUACAGAAGCGACGGUGGGCGAGGGCUGUUUCGGGGGCACAGCGCGACGCUGCUGAGAAUCUUCCCCUAUGGCGGCAUCAAGUUCUUGGCUUACGAGCAGAUCCGCGCAAUCGUCAUCGCGAGCAAGGAGCAGGAGACGCCGUAUCGCCGCUUCCUGGCCGGCUCGCUCGCCGGGUGCAUGUCGGUGUGUACUACAUACCCGCUGGAAGUGAUUCGCGUGCGAUUGGCGUGGGAGACAAAGAGCCAGAAGCGAAUGACGGUGCGAGACAUAUGUCGAACGAUCUAUCAUGAACGGCCGCCGUCGGUGCAGUCGCGCACCAACUUUCACGACACCUCGAUGCCCCGUCCUGCCGCGGCGACCCUCGAGGCAACCAGCGCAGCGAUCCAAGCCGUUGUGCCGCGAUCUGGUAUCGGCAACUUCUUCCGCGGCUUCACCCCGACCAUCUGGGGUAUGAUCCCCUAUGCCGGAGCGUCUUUCUUGACGCACGACGCGGCGGGGGAUAUGAUGCGUUCUCCGCUCUUUGCCCCGUACACCAUCCUUCCCUUGUCUGAACGAUCGCAGGCUCAGCUGGCGCCCAACAAACCUCCACCUCUCCGUGCAUGGGCGGAGCUCACUACCGGUGCAAUGGCGGGCUUUGUAUCACAAACGCUCUCCUACCCGCUGGAGGUGAUUCGGCGACGAAUGCAAGUGGGAGGGGUGGUUGGCGAUGGACGCCGGUUAAGAAUGGCCGAAGUGGCGCGAGACAUUGUGCGGGAGCGGGGGUGGAAGGGGUUCUACGUGGGCCUGACGAUUGGCUACAUCAAGGUUAUCCCGAUGGUGGCGACGAGUUUCUAUGUCUAUGAAAGGCUGAAGGUGACAUUUGGGAUAUAAAUGAGGAUGGCACGCAAGCUCAUAUGGUGCAGCGGGGAGUUGUGGCGACUGGUACAGGGGGGAUUCAGGAAUUUAGAUACCUGAGAAUGCAUCGAUUGACCCUGAGCAGUACACUAGACUGGAUCAUAAUCGAGAGAGUUGAUGUGGGCGGGGAGUGAUAGGACACGGGAGGAGGAUAUAUGGAAUUU